UCCCGUCACCGCGGAGCUUAGCAGGAGGAGGCCGUUGGCCCUGCGAGGCUUCUGGCCCUGAGCACUUGGGUCAGAGCGCAUCAUCCCACUGAGGAGAGUCCAGGACUCAAGUUGAACAGGCUUUCCCAGAUGGGGCCCGUCACCCUAAGCUUCCAGCAACAACACGUGCUGUCGCUGGAGGAAGUGCUGGGCUAGGUGGUGGAGACCUGGGUUGCCCUGGCUGGAAAGGAAUGCAAACCCUUUGUGUUUCUGGCAGAACGAGCCCAUGACUUUGGGCAUAAGGUUUUAGAAAGCAGAGCAUGAGGCACUUUAAGUAGUGGGCGUGUCACUUGGCCCAGUGAGCCUCAGUUUUCACAUCCGUAAAAUGGCGAUGGUAAUUAUACCGCCUCCCCGUGUCUAAUGAGAUCUCCAGAUCCUAUCUCACGGGAAAAUUAAAGAAUGAAACUGGUUGGUUCUAAGCGUCCUGCCAGUUAAGUGUCGGGUUUUCUUUCAAAGGGAAGUUGGCAAAUAGCUAGGGGAAUAAUUGUGUUGAUUUUUACUUAGUUUAACUGCAAAUUAAGCCAGGGUUGUAUCUCCUGUGGCCACUGGGGCCAUAGUUUGAAAGAGGAAGAGAAUGCGAGUCUGAUCAAGAUACAGAAGUGGAUUCAAUACUUUUCUGUUCUACUUUGUGCGCGCAGAAUUUAGGAAGCUCAGACCUGGUGAGAGGAUGUGGCCCUCGAACCCAUCCCAGAAGGAGGUGCUGAGAUUUGCAGUGAGCUGCCGCGUCCUAACUCUAAUGCUACAGGCACUCUUCAAUGCCAUCAUCCCAGAUCACCAUGCGGAUGCCUUUUCUCCUCCCCGCCUGGCCUCCUCAGGCUCUGUGGACCAGCUUGUGGAAGGUCUCCUGGGUGGUCUGUCUAGAUGGGAUGCAGAGCACUUCCUGUUUAUCGCUGAGCACGGCUACCUUUAUGAGCACAACUUUGCCUUCUUCCCUGGCUUCCCGUUGGCCCUGCUGGUGGGAACUGAGCUGCUGAGACCUUUGCAGGGCCUCCUGAGCCUGCGCAGUCGCCUGCUGAUCUCAGUGGCACUUCUCAACUUCCUGUUCUCCGCGUUGACUGCAGUCACACUGCAUGACUUGGGUUGUCUGGUUUUGCAUUGUCCCCGCCAGGCCUUUUAUGCAGCCAUGCUCUUCUGCCUCAGCCCUGCCAAUGUUUUCUUGGCAGCUGGUUACUCAGAAGCUUUGUUUGCCUUCCUGACAUUCAGUGCCAUGGGGCAGCUGGAGAGGGGCCGGAGCUGGGCAAGUGGGUUGCUCUUUGCUCUUGCCACUGGGGUGCGCUCCAAUGGGCUGGUCAGUGUCGGCUUCCUCCUACACUCUCAGUGCAGAGGCUUUUUCUCUUCUCUUGAGGAGCUGAACCCCUUGAAGCCCCUCAUGAAGCUGAUGGCCUCUCUCUGCUUGUCAGUGCUCAUUGUCAGCCUUCCCUUUGCUCUCUUUCAGUAUUAUGCCUACACCCAGUUCUGUUUGCCAGGCUCUGCCCACUCCAUUCCAGAGCCUUUGGUAAGGUUAGCUGUAGAUAAAGGCUACCGGAUUACAGGGGGAAAUGAGCCCCCAUGGUGCUCCUGGGGUCUUCCUCUAGUAUACAAGUAUAUCCAGGAUGUCUACUGGAAUGUUGGCUUUCUGCGCUACUAUGAGCUCAAGCAGGUGCCCAAUUUUCUACUAGCUACACCAGUGGCUGUACUGGUUGUGUGGGCAACCUGGACAUAUGUGACCGCCCACCCUUGGCUCUGCCUUACACUUGGACUACGAAGAAGCAAGGACAGUAAGGCCCUAGAGAAGUCCCAUCCUGGCUUCCUCAGUCCAAAGGUGUUUGUAUACCUGGUCCAUGCUGCAGUGCUGCUGCUCUCUGGAGGUCUGUUCAUGCAUGUUCAGGUUCUCACACGAUUUUUGUGCUCUUCCACUCCUGUUGUGUACUGGUUCUCAGCUCACUUGCUUCAGAAUCAAGAACCACUGUUGAGAUCUGUAGACGCAGCUCCUGAGAAGCUUCUUGAAAAAAACUCCCCACCAGGACAUGAGGCUUCCAGAAACUGUGUCAUGAAGCUCUUGUACAACUGGAAAGCCUGUUCUCCAGUCACAAGAUGCAUUCUUGGCUACUUCCUGACUUACUGGCUCCUGGGACUACUCCUCCAUUGCAACUUCCUGCCUUGGACUUGACCUGGAAUCUCAAGGGACAGGCUGGAAGCUGAUUUAACCCAGAGGCUGAAUACUUCAAGACACUGGCUGGGACUGCCUGCUCAUCCCUGAGAGUGCUGUCCUUUAGGAUCUCCCCCUGUGCCCCUGGAGUCCAGUUAGGAAUGGAGAAUAGCAAGGAGUGGAGCCCCUGCUUGUCCUUAGUGAGAGAAAGAGCUGUGUUCUGUGCUGAAUGGAGUUGGCUCAGAUCUCCUUGAUCAACAAGCAUCAGACAAGCUUGACCUCUUGCUGACCAAUGUGGGAGAUUUUUGUUCUUUAGAGACAGGGUUCACUGUUGCCUUAGCUGUCCUAGAAGUUCUAGAACAGACUGGCCUGGAACUCAGAGAUCUGCCUACCUCUGCCUCCCAAGUGCUGGGAUUAAAGGUGCAGGCCACCACUGCCUGGCUUCCCAUGUGUACAUUUAAAUUAAAUGUUUGCUCAAAGCUCUAGCAGACAGCCUGGUCCACUUGAGAUGGCGGGGACAGGACAGUGAAAAAGAAAAAGGGGCCACCUUCUCUAAGUGAGACAUUUCUGAAGUUUCCUUUAUGUGUGCAUUUAUGUAAAAAAUUCUACGCUGCUGGGUGGUGGUGGCACACGCCUUUAAUCCCAGCACUUGGGAGGCAGAGGCAGGCAGAUCUCUGUGAGUUUGAGGCUGGGCUGGACCAACAGCCUCCAAAACAAUACAGAGAAACCCUGUCUUGUAAAACCAAAAAAAAAAUUCUACGCUAUGAAAAUUUUAAAACUUGUAUUUGCAAUGAAUUUGGGGGUGGAGAUCAGGGGAGGUUGAGACAGGGUCCCUCUGUGGAGAUCAGGCUGGUCUUGAACUCACAGAGAUCCAACUGCUUCUGCCUCUUAGUGCUAGGACUAGGACUAGCGGUGUGUGCCAGGCUCUGCUGAGUUACUUUUUAUAAAUUGUAAGAGUUUGGAGCUAGAACUCAGUAGUAAAUAAAGCAUGUGAGGCCCUAAUUUCAUUAAUAAAUUGUUUGGAUCAGA